AUGCGUUUGACAUUAAUAUGUUUUGUAGCAAAAUCUAGUCGACAAUUACUUGUUAAUUGCGAAUCAAUGGCAACAGGUCAUCGUGUUAUGCGUAUUCGUGAUCGAACAGAAGAUAAAUUAGAAUUUUUAUUAAAUGAUCCAUGGAUUGAUCAACAAAUAUUAGUUUAUGAUCUUGACACUACAGUAUUAAUCAUUUAUAAACAACUUAUUCGUGAAACGAGAACAGUUGAUGAUACUGCCAAGAAACGUGAUGAAACAUCUGAGCAAGAAUAUUUUAUUCGGCAUAUCCGAGAUGAUUUUCGACAUAAUCUUGAUUUAAAAGAUCGAUCAAAAAUUGAUUUAUUAUUGAAAAAAGCUCAGACAAGUCUUGAAAUAAUUCGUCGUCAGGUUAUUAUUGAUAAUCUCUAUAAAUCACAAUCAUCUAUUAUGGAGUCUCAAUGUUUUAUUCAUUUUACAUUAGCAAUUAAGUUGAGAAGAAUUUUUCCUAUACCAAAACGUCAUUCAACUCGUGACGAUAUUCGUUGCUCAGUUUUUCAAACAUUUACACAAAAUGUUGAUCACUUUGGAUUUUCAAAUACGGAUACAUUUGAACAACGAUAUAUUUUGAAUAAAGAUUUUUGGAAAAGUGGAUCACCAAUAUUUUUCUAUGCUGGAAAUGAAGGUGCCAUAGAUUUAUUUUGUGAGAAUACCGGAUUUAUGUGGGAUAUUGCUCCAUUAUUUCAUGCCAUGAUAGUAUUUGGUGAACAUCGUUAUUACGGUACAAGUUUACCGUAUGGAAAUGAUUCAUACUCAAAACCCGAAUAUACAAGAUAUUUGACAUCUGAACAAGCUUUAGCUGAUUAUGUCUAUUUAAUUGAAGACAUUCGUCGAGUUAUUAGAGGAGCUGAACAAUCACAGGUAGUGGUUUUUGGUGGAUCAUAUGGAGGAAUGCUAGCUGCUUAUGCACGCAUGAAGUAUCCACAUAUUUUUGUAGCUUCUCAUGCAGCCUCUGCACCAAUUCUACAAUUUUCCACAAGAUGUGAAGCGUUUGCGCAGAUUGUUACUAAAGAUUUUCUUCGUGAAAGUACAUCGUGUGUCGAACUUGUCCGUGCGUCAUGGGCUGCAAUAAAUCGUCUAGCACAAUCAUCAUUACAGACAUUAACUGAUUUAUUUCACUUUUGUAAACCGUUAAAGAAUGUUGAUGAAUUAAAAGACUGGCUAAUUGAUAUGUAUGGAAAUUUUGCUAUGGUUGAUUAUCCAUAUGAAACAUCAUUUCUUAGUGAAUUGCCAGCAUAUCCAAUUCGUGUUUUUUGUUCAAAUGUCACACAAACACCGAUGAUAAAAAAUGAUGAUGUAGAUAUUAUACAACAUAUUAUUAAAGGUGUUAAUGUCUAUUUUAAUUAUACGGGCAAGACUGAAUGCUUCGAUAUUGAAUCUCAAGGUGAUCUUGGUUGGAGUUAUCAAGCUUGUACUGAAAUGGCAAUGCCAAUGUGCUCAGAUGGACAAAAUGAUAUGUUCGAGCCAAUUCAAUGGAAUUUUCAAAAUUAUUCAGAUGAUUGUUAUAAACAAUGGCAAAUACGUCCACGUGCAGAAUGGACAUACAUUGAAUAUGGUGGCAAAAAUGUGACUUUAUUGAAGUCACACUCAAAUAUUAUAUUUACAAAUGGCAAUUUAGAUCCUUGGUCUAGUGGAGGUGUCUUGACACCAAUCAAUAAUAAAUUGCCCAGUUUCAUUAUUGACGGAGGAGCACAUCAUUUAGAUCUUCGUUCAGCUAAUGUCAAUGAUCCAGCCAGUGUGGUCAAAGUAAGACAAACAAUUGUAGCACUAAUUGAAAAAUAUCUAUCUGAAAAGUAA